AUGGCAGCGUAUCUUGUGCGAGUUAGUAACCUACCAGCAUGCUCCACAGCUCCGCAGACAGAGCAAAAAGGUCUUGCUAACAAUGUUCGACGGCGACAAGCAAAAUAUCGUGAAGUGCGUGACCAGCAUAUAAUGAGAGCACACAUCGAACUUCUCAAGGAAAAAUAUGCACAGCAUAGUUUCAACCAUCAACAGCUGACCGAAAUGGUAGAGAUUGUGAGUGCCAUUGCAGCUACUGCCAAUCAACGCACUACAUUGUGGAGGACCAUCUGCGAGGAGCAGCCUAAUUGGCUCCUACAACUGGCAUGUCGCGUAGCUGAUGCGGUGUCUUGCAGUGUGGUAGAUCUGUUGGUCUCGGCGAUUAGAGAGACCCCUGGUCAACAGGAGGAAAAUAUCUAUCUGGCCGAUAAGAUCAUCUCGGAAGAAGAGAACAGAUGUUUGCUGAUGAUGCUUCUUGUGCGAUAUUUAAUAGUUGAGACGGUAAAGCUGAAUUCCAUCAAGCAAGAGGCUCGCUUUGCUGCAAAUGCUAUGAUGCUGAAGCUGACUUGCCACUAUGAAAUCAGCAAGGUCAUAGUCAAAUUAACAGAUGUCAAACGAAAUAAGAUGAUAAACUGUAGUGUAAUAGCAAAUGACACUGAAGUGGUGCUACAGCUGGCUAUACCUGUUGUUACGGCCUCUUUGGUCAUCCAGUUCUCCGAACUGACUGAAAGUCGCCAAAAUCAGGAACUUCACUGCCCAAGGUGUUCAUCGGUGGUGCAGCCAAACCCUGAUCUUUGUGAGCAUUGUGGGGAGAAUGUCUUCCAGCGCGUUAAAUGCCGUGCGAUCAACUAUGACGAAAAGGAUCCAUUUUUGUGCCAGUCAUGUGGUUUUUGCAAAUAUGCUCAUAUGGAUAUAUCAGUUGUUUGUCGUGCUCUUCCGGGAGUGCAACCGAUUACAACAGAUAUCGAAAGAGCAUCGUGUGUGGAAUCCAUGGCUCGCUUACUCUGCGAGAUGGAGCAAACCCGCACUCAGCUGGGAGCUGGUAGAGCGCUUUGCGAAUCGUUGUGGCUUCAGUCGCGUCCAAUUCCUCCCAUAAGCUUCCAUGUAGAAAGCCCAGAUGCCGCUAAUGCUUUUAUCGCAGAGCAUCCACCUAUAAAUCAUCAGCAGGUCAGUUCUAAGUACUUGUAG